CGCUGGCCGCGCGGCAGCCGGCGCCACCACCAGAGGAAGCCGAGGCUCCGGCCGGCCGCGCUUCGUUUUUGAUCGACGGCCACGCUGUGGAGGCGCCCUCGGGGUCGGAAAGGGUCGGCGGGCGACCCCAUGCGCUGAAGCCCGGGGGGCCCUUCGUGGGGCCGGGGGGCGCCUCGGGGACGCCGGCGGGGGCCAUGGUGGAGGUGCGCGAGGUGGACUGCGGCGGGCUCCAGCGCCUCCUGCACCGCGGCGGCGGCGAAGGCGGCGGCAACAACGCGGCCCCGCCAGGGAAGUGCCUCCUCUUGGACUGCCGGCCCUUCCUGGCUCACAGCGCCGGUUACAUCCGCGGCGCCCUCAACGUGCGCUGCAACACCAUCGUGCGUCGCCGGGCCAAAGGAUCCGUCAGCCUGGAGCAGAUCUUGCCGGCCGAGGACGAGGUGCGCUCCCGGCUCCGCUCGGGGCUUUACUCGUCGGUCGUCGUCUACGACGAGCGCAGCCCCCGGGCCGAAGCGCUGCGGGAGGACAGCACCGUGUCGCUGGUGGUGCGGACGCUGCGCCGGGACACGGCGCACACCGACAUCUGCCUCCUAAAAGGUGGCUAUGAGAGGUUUCAUUCAGAAUACCCAGAGUUUUGUAUGAAGACAAAAUCCCCUACGACUCCUCCUUCGCCGACCACGGUAGAGCAUCUUGAGCAUAGCUGCAGCUCCUGUGGGACACCGCAGCACGAUCAGGGUGGUCCGGUGGAAAUCCUUCCUUUCCUUUUCCUCGGCAGCGCGCACCACGCCGCAAGGAGGGACAUGCUGGACACAUUGGGGAUCACAGCCCUGUUGAAUGUUUCCUCCGAUUGCCCAAACCACUUUGAAGGACACUUUCAGUACAAAUGCAUUCCGGUGGAAGAUAACCACAAAACCGACAUCAGCUCCUGGUUCAUGGAAGCCAUUGAAUAUAUAGACUCUGUGAAGAUGUGCCACGGACGGGUCCUUGUGCACUGCCAAGCUGGCAUCUCCCGAUCGGCCACCAUCUGCUUGGCCUACCUGAUCAUGAAGAAGCGAGUUAAGCUUGAGGAAGCCUUUGAGUUUGUCAAGCAGCGCCGGAGCAUCAUCUCCCCCAAUUUCAGCUUCAUGGGGCAGCUACUUCAGUUCGAGUCCCAGGUGCUGGCGACAACCUGUGCGGCCGAGGCAGCCAGCCCUUCAGGGACACUGCGGGAGAGGGGGAAGCCCUCCUCCACACCCACCUCCCAGUUCGUCUUCAGCUUCCCAGUCUCGGUGGCGGUUCACUCCACUCCCGGCAGCCUUCCAUAUCUGCAUAGUCCCAUCACCACUUCACCCACUUGCUAGAGGUGGCCUCUAGGGGCUGCAUCCUGGGACGGCAGAGGGACAGCCCCACCGGCUACCAUGAAUGGCAAUAAAAUACUCUUGCUCAUCUGGCAGCCGGUCAGAACCUAGCCAAAGACAGAGCAAUAAUGGCUGCCAUGGAAGCUGGAAUGGAACCUGUGGGAGAUCCCUUCUUGGGAGAAUGUCUUACCUCAUUUUGAAAAUAUAUAUUAUAGAUAAUAUAAAAAGAUUGACAUUGUGAAAUUCUAGCAGUGUUUUGAGGUUCCAGUGUGCGUGGUGGGUGAGAAGAGAGUGAAAGAAAGAUUAAUGUUGGUGAUGCAGCUGCACAACAUGCUUGCCCGAGCUACUGAACUGAUGUGGGUGUUUGUGUGCACACAUGUACAUACGUAUGUACACAGAGAUGUGUGCUUCCAUUUGGCAUAGUUGGUUGUCAUGAAUUAUUAGUUGUUUGCAGCUGCAGCUGGACUGGGGCCACAGUUUUCCAAAGUGCCUGGCUUUCAAUUUCUUGGUAGGUUAUGUCACAAAUCCCAAACUGCCACUGUAUUUAAUAAUGGUUUCAUUUAGAAGAAGGGAGAAGAAUGGAUAUUUUAUUGCUGAUGCAACUCAGAAUUUUGAAAGUACAGUUGCUGAAACUCUGAUUAAAAAUAUCAGAUCAAAAA